GGAACUCAGCAGGUCAGGCAGCAUCUAUGGAAGGGAACAGACGUUUCAGAUUGAGACCUUUCAUCAGGACUGGGAUAGAAGCCAGAAUGUUGGAGGUGGAAGAGUGCGACCUGUCAGGAAUGUGGUAUCAGCCAAUCAAGAUGGUGGAAUUGGAAAAAAAUUUGUCGACAAUGCUGGACGGGGAGGAUUUUGUGAGGGACACUGGUGUGGGUCGAGGUCUUUUUGGCGGGAGCUGGGAGAAGACAGGAGGGAAGAUGGCUGAGGAUGUUGUCCCUGUUGUACAAGGAGCUUUGUGCAGAUGAAUGGCUUCAAGGUGGAAGGACCAAUAUUCACGUAGGAGAUGGAUUUCGAGUGACAUUUGGAAGGUGAUGUGUGCUUUCACGGAUAUUGAGGGUCCAGUGUGUGAGUUACAGACAACUUCAAGGUCAUCCAAGGCUGUGUGAAGGACCAUUGAGACCGCAUCCACUGUGGACCUAUUGUGGCAGUAGGCAAAUUGCAGUGGGUCCAGGUCCUCGCUGAGACAAGAGUUGAUUCUAGCCAUAAACAACCUCUCAAAGCACUUCAUCACAGUAGAAGUGCCACUGGGCAACAGUCAUUAAGGCCGCUCGCCUUGCUGUCCUUAGAUUUCCAGCAUCUGCAUGGUUCCAGCGGAUCCUGGUUACGGAUCCAGUCCAGGUUUUCCGUGGCGCCCAGACGGGAGUUGGAGCCUUUCAACGGAACAGCCGGGCCUUCUUUUUUCAAAAAUCCGAACCUGGACGGUUUCAAAUCCCCCCCGACCAGAGGCAGCCACUCACCCGACCAAUCGUGCCUGCCCAUCACCCAGUUGCCAUGGCGAAGGGGCGGCCUCGGCUCCGGCGCCCGCCAAUGGCGGCGGGCCGUGGCGGCGUCGCCAUGGUGACGGGGUUGUCCCCGGGACCUGAUGGCUUGACAGGUGCGUGACAAUCCAGCUCUUCAAGCAUGUACGCCAAAGGCAAGAGUAGCACUGUACCUUCUGACAGCCAAGCCAGGGAAAAGUUAGCACUGUAUGUAUACGAGUAUCUACUCCACGUAGGAGCACAAAAAUCAGCACAAACAUUUUUAUCAGAGAUACGAUGGGAGAAAAAUAUUACAUUAGGAGAACCACCAGGCUUCCUACAUUCAUGGUGGUGUGUAUUUUGGGACCUCUACUGUGCAGCACCUGAAAGAAGAGAAACGUGUGAGCAUUCUAGUGAAGCAAAAGCCUUUCACGAUUAUAGUGCAGCAGCAGCUCCCAGUCCAGUGCUAGGAAACAUUCCCCCAGGAGACGGAAUGCCAGUAGGCCCGGUACCACCGGGAUUCUUUCAGGGACCACCAGGUUCACAGCCCUCUCCACACGCACAGCCUCCACCACAUAAUCCCAGCAAUCCCAUGAUGGGACCUCACAGCCAGCCUUUCAUGUCACCUCGUUAUCCAGGAGGCCCCAGGCCACCACUUAGAAUACCGAACCAGUCACUUGGAGGAGUUCCUGGAACACAACCAUUGCUGCCAAGUGGAAUAGACCCAACGAGACAGCAAGGACAUCCAACCAUGGGUGGACCAAUGCAGCGAAUGACUCCUCCCCGGGGUAUGGUUCCCCCCUUAGGACCCCAGAGUUACGGAGGAGGGAUGAGACCCCCACUGAAUGCUUUAGGUGGUCCUGGCAUGCCAGGGAUGAACAUGGGUCCCGGAGGUGGUCGACCGUGGCCCAAUCCACCUAAUGCCAACUCAAUACCAUAUUCAUCAGCAUCGCCUGGCAACUAUGUGGGACCUCCAGGUGGCGGUGGACCUCCAGGAACUCCCAUCAUGCCCAGCCCGGGAGAUUCGACCAACUCCAGUGACAAUAUGUAUACUAUGAUGAAUGCCGUUCCACCUGGAGCUAGCAGGUCUAAUUUUCCUAUGGGCCCUGGUUCAGAUGGUCCAAUAGGUGCUAUGGGUGGAAUGGAACCACAUCACAUGAAUGGAUCAUUAGGCUCAGGAGAUAUGGACGGCAUCUCCAAAAAUUCUCCCAGUAACAUCAGUAUGAGUAACCCACCUGGCACUCCACGGGACGAUGGUGAGAUGGGUGGCAACUUCCUGAACCCCUUUCAGAGUGACAGUUAUUCUCCAAGCAUGACAAUGAGUGUGUGAUCUUGUAUCCCUCUUCGUGAUCAAGGCCAGAGUGAUUUGCCUCUUAAAACGUGAAAUAACCACAUCCAAGAGAAGAUUAAAAUAUUUUACAAAGCUCUGCAGAAAAAGAGGUUUUGAUUCUAGCAAAGACCCUGUUGUUCUGCAAAUGACAGGUGUCCCAUUGUGUACUGAAAGCGGGUCCAAAAUAUUCUUUUUAAGUUUACAAAACCUCGGAGACUGAACAGUUCAACCAUUUAAAUGUAGGAUAUGCCUAACUGAGGCAAAACGCAGCAACUUCCAUGACUUCCCAUAGUUAAGUAAGACAUGGUGUGCUUUAUUCAGCUGUUUGAAAGAAUACAGUAAUAAAUACAGCUUAAUGUGAGUCUACUUCCUUCUAUUUUUCCCUUCCAGUUCACUCUUUAGUCUCAAAAAGAUAUGUUAAUUGUAAUUUUGUAAUGUAUAAACCAGCUCCAGACAAUACCUCUUUUUAUGCUUUAUAUGACAUCAUUGCUACUCAGCAGAACAAAUAUACUAGCCAAACACUGUAGGAUAUACAUGUGGAAGGGAAAAAGAAAGGCUAAUGAAUAUCUUGCACUUAAUGUCGUGUUCAGUAAGUGUUAUUCAUUAAUUAGAGCUACAUUACUUGUCAUGUGAAAUAGGAGCAAGCCUGUCUUUUAGAUUUACAGUGGUGGAUGCAGGUCCUUAACUACAGUUCUGGCAUAUCAAUGUUGAACACUAGGUGGACUAUGCUUAUGGUCAUUGACAACAGCCAAUAAGUGCUAUACAAAUUGCAGCUAAGAAAUUGCAGAAUAGUUUUUUUUAUUUCUCUCUUUUCCCUGGUAACAUUAAAUUGAGAUGUAGUACUCUAGGAGCGUGAUUAAGGAUAUUUGAUGGUAAAUCGUAUGGUCUGGAUGACCUUGGUGUGCCACUAAUGAAGGAUGCCCAUCCUUCCUUAGUUAAUAUCGCACCAUAAAAUUCUGUGUUUUAGCCAUUACCUCUUUUUUAAAAAAAAUGGAAAAUGAAACUAUCUUUUGUAAAUUUUCAUGUAUUCCUUAUUCUUCCUUCUGUGCAGAAUGAUAUAUUGUAAAUGUACAUUAUGUGUAGAUUGUAACAAACUGAAGUUCUUUUUGUUUGGUUUUUGAUUUGUAUGUGUGAGAAUGAGGGUUCUCGGAAUCACCACAGUUGGGGUCUUUUCCUAUGGGGAACGUUUUCUGGUCUGAGAUUGGAACUAGUGUAAAAUUUUGUACAAAUUGUUGGCUGACUUUUUCUGUUCUCAGACCAAUUUAAAAAUAUUUAAAUGAAAUUUACCAAACAUUAUUCAAAUGGAACCGUAAUUUUGAAGCUCAUAUUAAUUAUGCAUGUUAAAAAAUGUACAAUUCUGUGUUUAACUAAUGUAACCACUUGAAGUUAAUCUGCUCCUAACUCCAAUUAUGCAGUUGAUAUUUUUAAGAAAAAGUUAGUUCCUGUUACUAUAUCAAUUUUCUAUUUUAGACAAAUGAAUUAAGUAUAGAACAUGUUUUUUAAUUGUUCUGGGACUUGGGUGUGGGAACUAGUGAUAAUGAUUGCACGACACGAAAGUGCUGUACAGUUCAAAUCAUCUUUAUAUCACUUAUAAUUAUGGCAAUUGAUCUUUAGUUGAAAGUGUUUAAGAGAAGCUAAGUAAUCUGUAAAAACUUAGCAAAAUAACAAAAAAGGAAAAUUGUAUAUGUUGUCCCUUCCCUGUGAUUCCUCAUUUGAAAAGGCCCUAACAAUCAGAAAUGGAGUUUCUGUAAAACAGCCUACUUAUUACUUGUUUCAGAAAAAGAUAAAAAGGCACUGUCAUGUCCCCAAAAAAUCUUUUAUUUGGGCAUUCGGACUUCUUUUUCUUGCGAUGUCUUUUGAAGAUAUUUAUAUAUUGUCUGACAGUGUGAUGCCAGUACCAUGUCCAAUACAGAGUAAUCAUAUGCAGUUUUGCAUUUCGAUCUGAAUAUAGUGCUAAUUGUUGUGAAGAUUACAGAUAGAUUUCUUUGAGUAAUUCAUAUUCUUUUUGUGACUUUUAUGGAAUUAUGCCACUAAACUAUAGUUAAAUGUGCAAAUGAGAGCAUUGUGAUUGGGUUCUGGUAAAGAUUGACCUAUUCUCAUCAAGUACUUCAAGCAUGCAAUUAAGUUGUCCUGCAAGCCCCUAUCUUGUAGUACAGAAACAUUUUGAACUAGCAAACUUCUUCACCAAACCAGGUCAAAGUAUUAUAGUAGUGCAUCACUCAAGUCUAACAUGAUGUUCUCCUGAGGGAUUGUCUAUUGGUGGGUCCUCAGAUGGCUGUAGAAGCUGAUCCAGAUUCCACGUCAAAGUAUGAUUAAAAUACUAUUGUCCCUCUAAGCUUCGUUGGAAUCUUGAAUACACUAAACAUCAAUAUAUUGUGUUAUAUUUUAUAACUCUGAGCAGAUAGGAUGAACAUUGUUGCUUGUCUGAGUCAUAUAUUCAUUCUCGUAACAUUAAACCAUUUAAGCAAGAAAGAUAUCACUUCUUGCACUCAUUGAGCACUUAAUUUAUGUAUUUGCAAGAAAUAACUGGUUUAUAUUUUUGUAAACCAUUACUCACCACCAAAAAUCUGAAAGAAAAUAAAUUAUUUGUACUUCAUUUGAUGAGAAAUAAGGGAGAUCUUUGUUUAGAGAUUGGAUAUGAAUUUUGAUGUGGUGCAUUUAUUUUGCAAGGCAUUGGGCAAGGCAGUGAUGAUGGUGUGAGGUCUAUAUGACUGAGCCUCAUUUCAGUAAAUUGUUGAACUUCCAGUAGCGAACAGCCAGGUUGGAGACUGAGCCCAUAGAGGGCGAACAUUAGACGCGGUGGAGGAAACGCUCCAGUAUACGGGAGAAUAAUUGUGGCCCAGCUCAUUCCGUGUUCACUUCUACCCAGAGAAUUUACUAUACAGAGUUGAAGAAAAAAACCUGCGUUGGGACUACUGUACAUAUAUGGAGUAGCCACCUUGGUUCACCUGCUGCCUAAGUCAUUGUUCUUUUAGACAGAGAUAUUGUAUUUCAACUUGUUCUGAAAUUUCAGUCAGCUACUCAUCAGUGAGAACAGAGUGGUUUGUGUUGCAGUCUUACAACCUACAGCCAAUCUAUUACCACCCAAAAUUCAGAGAAAAGCUAUCCUAAUGCUAUUUUUGAUCAAGUGGUUAUGCAUGCAGUAAUUUUUUUUGGAAGAAUUUCAUGAAAUAUAUUGAUUAUUUGUGUAUGCAUGGUCUGUUCCCUUCUGUUCUCAUUGACACUGACUGACUUGCUGAGUUCCUCCAGCAUUUUGUGUCUGUUGCUCAGCACUGAAUGUUAUAAAGUGUGCAGUCUACAAUCCAAUAUUUCAUUAUGUAAAAUUUGUUUGAUUAGCAGAUUAAAAAGACUACGUUUCCAAUUUCACAGUCCUGUUUUGUGUUUCAGUCUGAUGAAGUUACUUCAAAUCCAGGGAGAAAUUGAAGAGUUACGAUGCAAAGUGUAGUUAACUGUGAGGAUAUUUUGGUCAUUUCACAGUGGUGAUGAUGAUAUAUAAAAUUCAGUUACAUAAUUUUAACUUGUAUAGUUUCAGAUUGUGUGCUAAAACUGGUUCAGUGCUGCCAUUUAGCCAAUAAAAGCCCAAACAUUUCAGGUUAAUAGAAUUUGCUUUUGUCAUUGUACUCGGUAUAAUCCACAAUUGACAUUGCAUCAUUCUGUUGCCACAAUGUCAAUUUGCAACACACAUGCAGUGGCCACUUUAUUAGGCUUCUCCUGUGGCUCCUGUACCCAAUAAAGUGGCCAUUAAAUGUAUGUUCGUGGUCUGUUGCCUAUCUAUUUCAAGGUUUGACAUGUAUUCAGAGAAGUUCUUUUGAGCACCACUUCUGUAACGCGUGGUUAUUUGUGUUACUGUCACCUUCCUUUCAGCUUGAACCAGUCUGGCCAUUCUCCUCUGACCUCUCUCAUUAACAAGGCAUUUUCAUCGACAGAACUGCCACUCACUGGAUGUCUCAUUUAUCACACCAUUCUCUGUAAGCUCUAGAAAAUGUUGUGUGUGAAAAUCCCAGGAGAUCAACAGCUUCUGAGAUAAUCAAACUACCCCAUCUGGCACCAACAAUAAUUUGACAGUCAAAGUCACUUAGAUCACGUUUCUUCUGCAUUUUGAUGUUUGGUCUGAUCAACAACUGAACCUUCUGACUAUGCAUGCUUUUAUGCAUUGAGUUUCAGCAACAUAAUUGGCUGAUUAGAUAUUUGCAUUAACAAGCAGGAUAGCAGGUGUACCUGAUGAAGUAGCUACUGAGUAUAUGUAUGUUAGUUGUGAAAAUGAAGCUUCUAGCAAUUCUCUCUUGUACUUAGCUGUGAUUUCUCUUUUGCCUUUGCAUUGUGCCUCACACUGAGAAAUGAUUAUUUAAAAGGAAAUUUUGCCUUUGUUAGCUAAUUCAUGUAAGCAGUGUGCCCAAGAUCCAGUUUUCUGUCUUUUUGUAUCAGAAAAUGCAGUGUUCUUUGUUAUUUCACCAUUUGCCACUAUUUUUCAAACGUUUGCACAAGAGAUUAUGGAAGACAAGUAUAAAUAAAUUCUGCGAUGGAUAGGUAGCUGCAAUAACAGCGUGGUCAUUGUUCCGAAAGUCAUUCUGGUGUGUUCUGUAAAAUAAUGUAGUUUGUGUAAGAAACUUUGUCUUGACUAUGGUUUACACUGUAAUAUACUGUUGUAAAGCGCAGUUUCAUUCCAUGUAGCAAGUGUAUUUCUGUAGUUAUUGUUAGAAUGUCACUAAAUCAGCCAAUACUUUAUUAUUUGGGUAUUUUUUUGUAUUUCUUCUUUUCUGUUUGCCUUGUUAAAGCAUGCUUAACUGACUCUAGAAUCUCUGAUGUGGAUAUUUUAAAGAUUUCAGCCAACUAAGCAGAAACUGCCAGGAAACAAUAAAUACAACUUUUCUAUUAUUUUUGCCCUGAAUAUUGAUUUUGUUUUACAGAAAAUAACAUUAAUAUUUAAGUUACUUUACAUUGCCCUCUAACUUCAAAAUGGCAAAAUCUAAAUUAAGCUGAACAAAAAAUGCAUGUGCCUACACAUUCUCUUUAUGCUGCAUCUCAUCUGAAUGCAUGUGAUGUUCAUUGAAACUGUAGUUGCAAAGAUAGACAUUUUGCAUAUUCAAGAAUAUUCAUUUACACAGAUGACAAUUAAGUGCUUAAUACCCUCAUGUUUUGUACUUUUCAUUGAUCUAUAUACCCCUUAUCAAUUAUAUUAAAUAAAUUCCAUAUUCUGUUUUUUAUAAUCUAUACUUUUUUAUGAAAUGUCAUAUAAUUUCUAAAAACUUCAUUAAAGUUAUAUUGUUUGACUUGUUUUAUGAACUGAAUUUCUUGAAAAAAGGGUAAGAGACACUAAAAGCUGAUGUAUAGUUAUUGUUUUUAAAUCUGCAUUUAACCUAGUUGGGACAAAGGAACCAUUUAGUUUUUGAAACAAUUUAUUUUUUAGUAUGAUUCUUUUGAAAUCAAAUUCACUCUAACGUGAUGCUGCGUAGCUUGUUUUCAGAAAACAGAUGCCCUGACAUUUAUUACAAAGUAUAAUGAAUAGAAAAUAUUUUAACCAGUUAAAUUUGUGUAGUCAGGUAAGGUUAAAGAAGUAAAUUCUUUAACCUAGUGGUAGGGGAGGAUCUAGAGCUUCAAUCAUCUUUGUAUUUGAAGUUUCCUCACAAGUUAGAACUGUGCUGAAGAUUCUGCUGAAAGUGAUUGAAUAUGUGAAAGUGGAGUCAGAGAGGAAGGGCUCUUGGUAGUAGUAAUUCCCGAGUCCUGGACAUUACUACACUUCAUUAACCUCUGACAUUGCUUUGUCAAUGUUGUUCUGCACUUUGUUCUUCAAACCAAUUCAAAACAAUAAAUAGCCACCGAUAGUGUUUUCUUUCAUUUUUUUUCUAACAAGAAUACCAAUUAAAGCUAUUUUACAUCACAGUGAAGUUAAAAUUUUUAAAAAUGUCUAUUCCAUGAGCAUAUCAAAGAAUCAACAUAUCGAGUCAGUACCUAUAUACAGUAACUCCAGGUUUUUAGGGCACAUUUACUUCAUGCAGAUGGCUUUUAGAAGUUGCUGUACAAAGUUUGAAGCAUAUCUCGAUGGCUGCCCAGCACUGCACAUCAUUGCAUGAUUUCAAUGUUUAAAAUGAAUUUUCUUAUCCCAGUGUUUCCUACUUUGUAUUUGUUCCUGCGGGCACAACAGUAUUGUGUUUAGUAGUUCUGCCUUCACUUUCCUUUGUGUUCCUGAGUACUAAUUAGCGACGUGUCCUGGUUUAUUGUUCAGCACAUUCUGUAUUACAUCAUUUGUAUGUUCUUUAAAUUGUAAAGUUUCUUAGAUUGAAAACUUGCUCAUUAAACUGUUACAUCAAAUGUA